AUGGGCGGCGGCUGCUGGCGGCUGCUCGGCGUGGUCGUGUGCCCGCUGCUCCUGCACCUCGCCGUCGCGAGCCAGGAGCCCGUGCAGCAUGCCGGGCAGUGCGACACCAUUCUACAAGGGCUUCGCGCCGGCUGCCUCAUCAGCCUGGGGGACAGCAUGGCCCGAGCGUCGCAGCAGCAGAGCAGUAGAGAUGGCGGCGAGAGGUGCGGUAGAGAGCUGGACACACACACGAGAGUGUCCUGGGACGACUUCCACACCUGCGCCAGCGAGGUGCUGUCGAAAUGCCCCGUGGAAGCGUCCGCGAUCUGGGAGUCGCUGCGCCAGGAGUCCCGCAAGAUCCAGUUCCAGGGGAACCUGCAGGAGCUGUGCAGCUCCCGGGGACGCCUGGCCAGCGCCCGGGGCUCGCCGGCCGCUGAGACCAACCCAGGGCCACGCUUGCGGGGCUCGGCACCCCCCUGACCCCGCGUUGCUGCCCUGCUGGCCCUGCCGCUGCUGGUGGCCCGGCUCUAG